CCUUCUAACCUGCCAAAUCUACGUCGACUCUUUGUCGACGCGCGUAGCGAAGCCGAAGAGAGCGCGUACUCCAGAAAGGCUUUCUACAACCUCGCCAUUUUCAUUUCUUCUGUUGCUGUGUUUAGUCUGAUGGCUCAGCGCAUGGCUUCUGCAAAGGCGAUUGGUUCGUAA